AUGUCUCGCCAACUUAUCUCCAGCGAGAAAUUCCCCACCAAGCCACACAACUGCCCGGCUGUCAAGGUCCCAGGCCUUGUAUUCUGUGCCGGUCAGACUGCUACAGGAGAGAUUAAGCAGGCAACAAAAACCUGCCUCCAAAACCUUAAGGAAGUCCUCGAACUAUCGGGGUCAUCUAUUGACCAGGUGGUCAAAUAUAAUGUGUACCUUGCCGAUAUGAAGGACUUUGCCGCCAUGAACGAGGCUUACAUCGAUUUCUUGCCACAACCUAUGCCCUCCCGCUCUUGCCUUCAGGCCGUUCCCCCCGGCAACGGAACUGUGAUUGAGAUUGAAUGCAUUGCCCAGGUCUAA